GCGGGGGGGCCCAUGGCCAGCCCGCCCCGGCCGGCCACACCAUGCCGAACAGGGCCGGCCUGGACACCGCGCUGAAGAUGUCCCUGCGGCGGAAGUCCUCCAAGAUCCACUCCUCGGCCGGACCGGUCUGUUCAACAUCGGGCUAUAAGAAGGCGGAUGAUGAGAUGUCCGGAGCCACGUCCGCGGCGGAUCUGGACGAGGCACCAGCCCGCACCAUUUACUUGAACCAGCCCCAGCAGAGCAAGUUCCGCGACAACUGGGUCAGCACAGCCAAGUACAGUGUGGUGACAUUUCUACCUCGAUUCCUGUAUGAGCAGAUAAGAAAAGCUGCAAAUGCAUUCUUCCUCUUCAUUGCCUUAUUGCAGCAAAUUCCAGAUGUCUCUCCAACAGGAAGGUAUACCACCUUGGUGCCAUUGCUAUUUAUUUUAACAGUUGCUGGCAUCAAAGAAAUCAUAGAAGACUACAAAAGGCAUAAGGCAGACAGUGCAGUGAAUAAAAAGAAAACAAUAGUUCUAAGAAAUGGGAUGUGGCAGAACAUUAUGUGGAAAGAGGUAGCAGUAGGCGAUAUUGUGAAGGUCACCAAUGGGCAACAUCUUCCAGCAGACAUGAUCAUUAUAUCUACCAGCGAACCACAAGCCAUGUGCUAUAUUGAAACAGCUAACCUCGAUGGGGAGACGAAUCUUAAAAUACGACAGGGCUUGUCUCAAACUGCUAGUCUCCAGUCCAGGGAAGAAUUGAUGAAAGUAUCUGGGAGGAUAGAAUGUGAAGGACCCAACCGUCAUCUUUAUGACUUCACUGGAAACUUGCGCUUAGAUGGCCAAAGCCCAGUUCCUGUUGGGCCAGACCAAAUCUUGCUGAGGGGUGCACAACUGAGAAACACUCAAUGGGUCUUGGGUAUUGUUGUGUAUACAGGACAUGAUACAAAACUCAUGCAGAAUUCAACCAAAGCACCUCUGAAGAGAUCAAACGUGGAGAAAGUGACCAACAUGCAGAUCCUGGUUUUGUUCUGUAUUCUUCUGGUAAUGGCCCUUGUGAGUUCUGUAGGUGCCUUAUUAUGGAACAGAACACAUGGCGAAGUCGUCUGGUACCUUGGCUCCAACAAAAUGCUGUCUGUCAACUUUGGAUACAACCUGCUGACAUUUAUAAUCUUGUACAACAACCUUAUUCCAAUCAGCCUUCUGGUGACAUUGGAAGUUGUCAAGUUUACUCAGGCUCUUUUUAUAAAUUGGGACAUAGAUAUGUAUUACCCUGAGACAGAUACACCUGCAAUGGCCAGAACCUCAAACCUUAAUGAGGAACUUGGGCAGGUGAAAUACCUGUUUUCUGAUAAAACAGGCACUCUAACAUGCAAUAUCAUGAACUUUAAGAAAUGUAGUAUUGCUGGAGUGACAUACGGUCACUUUCCUGAGCUGGAAAGAGAACGCUCCUCAGAAGACUUCAGCCAGCUACCUCCUUCCACGAGUGAAUCAUGUGAAUUUGAUGACCCAAGGCUGCUGCAAAACAUUGAAAAUGAUCAUCCCACAGCUGUACACAUACAGGAGUUCCUCACGCUGCUAGCCGUGUGUCAUACUGUUGUUCCUGAGAGACAAGGAAAUACAAUCAUCUACCAGGCCUCCUCUCCAGAUGAAGGGGCAUUAGUGAAAGGAGCAAAAAAACUUGGUUAUGUCUUCACAGGACGGACUCCGCAUUCAGUUAUCAUUGAUGCGCUGGGGAAGGAGAAAACCUUUGAAAUUCUUAAUGUGCUGGAGUUUUCCAGCAACAGGAAGAGAAUGUCAGUGAUUGUUCGAACUCCAGCAGGACAACUACGUCUCUACUGCAAAGGGGCUGAUAAUGUAAUUUUUGAGAGGCUUUCAAAAGAUUCCCAGUAUAUGGAGCAAACACUGUGCCAUCUUGAAUACUUCGCAACAGAAGGUCUGAGGACAUUGUGCAUUGCUUAUGCAGAUCUAUCAGAGAAGUCUUACAGAGAGUGGUUGAAUGUCUACAAUGAAUCCAGUACAGUUCUGAAAGACAGAACUCAGAAGCUGGAGGAGUGCUACGAGAUCAUUGAAAAGGAUUUGCUGCUUCUUGGAGCUACAGCCAUUGAAGACCGCCUGCAAGCAGGUGUUCCAGAAACAAUAGCCACACUAAUAAAGGCAGAAAUUAAGAUAUGGAUUUUGACGGGUGACAAACAGGAAACAGCUCUCAAUAUAGGGUACUCUUGCAGACUCAUUUCACAGAGUAUGUCUCUCAUCCUGGUCAAUGAAGAAUCACUAGAUGCAACAAGAGCCUCUCUGACUCAACAUUGUACCAGUCUGGGGGAGUCACUGGGCAAGGAAAAUGAUAUUGCCCUGAUUAUUGAUGGCCACACACUGAAGUAUGCCCUUUCAUUUGAAGUCAGGCAGAGCUUUCUGGACUUGGCACUCUCCUGUAAAGCAGUCAUUUGUUGCAGAGUAUCUCCUCUACAGAAGUCCGAAAUAGUAGACAUGGUCAAGAAACACGUCAAUGCCAUAACACUUGCCAUUGGGGAUGGUGCCAAUGACGUAGGAAUGAUCCAGACAGCUCACGUUGGAGUGGGGAUCAGUGGCAAUGAGGGCAUGCAGGCAACCAAUUGCUCGGAUUAUGCCAUUGCACAGUUUGCCUACUUGGAGAAGCUGUUGUUGGUCCAUGGUGCUUGGAGUUACAAUCGAGUUACCAAAUGCAUUCUGUAUUGCUUCUACAAAAAUGUGGUUUUGUAUAUUAUUGAGAAUGAGUUGGGGGUCGGAAUAGGUGGUCCAGUGUCAAGGUCUGGCAGUGGAGGGCCAGAAAUGGAUGACAAGAGAAUGGCAAGAGAAAUGGCAGAGAAAUGGAUGACAAGUGGGAAGGGGAGAAUAUAG